AUGGAAGGCCUUUUUCCAAACAACGUUCGCAUUUCUGUGGAUGUUGGCGAUCUCACUCUGCUGGUAUUUAUUCUCGAUUAUAUUGCCAAGGGGGCGGACUUGGAAAUCAAGUACUUUUCUGGGGUUGGGGCGCGCAACGGUUUGAUUGAAAGGUAUAUUGGAGGGGGUCUUGCGACUGGCGAGGUCACGUCAACCAUUAUCGAUGCCAUAAGUGAUUUAGCCACAAACUAUCGCUCUGGGGACGAAAUUGUUGUCCUUGGGUACAGCCGUGGAUCAUAUACUGGUCGAAGCUUUAUCGGAUUUCUCGACCGUGUCGGCUUACCCACAGAUGGCGAUAGACACAUACUUCAUCAUCUUUAUAACAAGUAUACCUCGGGCGAGUUCUUGAAGCGAGAUGUCGCAAGCCAUUUGAGGAGAAAGUACAACUGCGUUCAUGUUGAGAUUAAAACUCUCCUCUGCAUCGACACGGUCGGCGCUCUCGGCAUUCCACAUACUGGAAUUUUCAGCUUACUCGAUUUGCUGCCGCCUCUUAUCAGGAAGCAGCAAUUCAUGGAAGCCAAUGCAGCCUCAAAUGUCCAAGUGUUGCUGCAUGCGCUCGCCUUGCACGAGUCAAGAGGUCCAUUCCAGCCAACACUGAUGCAGAUUGAGGGGGCAUCAAGACAGACUUUGAAGCAAGUAUGGUUCCUUGGAAGCCAUGGCGACGUUGCCAAUGGCGAUGAGAGAGGCUCCAUCGGCGACAUCGUUCUCGCUUGGUGUGUGGCCAACCUUGAAACCCAUGCUGGAAUCGCCUUCGACGAAGUGAAAUUGUCAGCCCGCUUCCCUCGCAUGGGGGCUGAUCUGCCCAUGUCGAAUGGCCUUGUCUGGGUGCAUGAUGAUAUACGCGACCCCGUCAAAGGCCUGUGGCGGCUUAUGGGUCGUAGCAUCAGGGUGCCCAACAAGCAGGUUUUGCUCAUGGUCAGCGCACAAAUGAAAGUGUUCAUGAAACAGCACGCUUUCGCGGUUACGGUAGUAGCCGUGGUAGACAGCCCCGGCGACAUGCGAACCGUGUACGACAUUGGCGUGACGUGGAACAUUGCUUCAAAGUCAAAGAUCACCUGGUUUUCCUCCACUUAA